AUAUCUUAUUGUAUGGCAUCUAGAAAGGAAAAGCUUUUUAAAGUAAUUGCUGAUGGCAACAAAGCCAAAAUAAAGAAUUUGACUCCGGGUGUGGACUACGUGUUUCACGUGAAGACACUUAGAGGCAAAGAUUACAGUGUGCCUGUAAUGAAAAAAGUGUCUACAAAACCAGAAAAACCCGAGCAAGUUGAAGCAGUCAAUAUUUCUGCACAUUCCUUUUCCCUGCGCUGGAGCCUGCCCUCCGGCCAUGUGGAAGGGUUUCAUGUAGAUCUGGUUCCUGACAGUGACUUUGUUUCUAUCAAAGAUCUUGGCGGUGGAGAGUAUCAGGUUGAUGUUUCCAAUGCUAUUGCCGGCACUAGGUACGACGUAACCAUCUCUUCCAUUUCUGCUACAACAUACAGCUCACCUGUUAGUAGAAUAGUGACAACAAAUGUAACGAAACCAGGGCCUCCAGUCUUCUUAGCAGGAGAAAGAGUUGGAUCUGCUGGGAUUCUUCUGUCUUGGAAUACACCACCUAAUCCAAAUGGAAGGAUUAUCUCCUACAUUGUGAAAUACAAGGAAGUUUGUCCAUGGAUGCAAGCAGCAUAUACACAAGUUAGAGCAAAGCCAGACAGUCUGGAAGUUCUUCUUACUAACCUUAAUCCUGGAACAACAUAUGAAAUCAAGGUUGCUGCUGAAAACAGCGCUGGCGUUGGAGUGUUUAGUGACCCAUUUCUCUUCCAAACUGCAGAGAGUGUUUCUGCUGUUACAACUGAAGCAGGUUAUAUCGAUAGUACAAUUGUCAGAACACCAGAAUCAG